GAAGAGCGACGUUUUUUUAGGUAAAAGGGUUGGCUAUUAUACCGGGAGGGAAUUAAUUACAAACACCUCAUCAUCUCCGUCACAAACACCACAAAACCGGCGGGAAAUUUGAAGAGAUAGCGAGUUGAGUGUUGUUUUGAGAAUGGACGAUUCAGGAGCGAUUCUCUGCCAGAUCUCUUCUCUCAAGGACAUGCUCGAUCAGGUGAAUGAAGAAAUCGAAGCGAGUAUUCAAAUCACCAGAGAGAUAGAGUCGGAAAUUGUGAGGUGUUCCGAAGUGGAGAGCGAUUUGUCAGCCGGAGAAUCGGAGCUGGCGAAGAUGGUUUAUGUGCUGGAUUUUGAUAUCAGUGGAUUGAUUGCAGUAACUGCUGAUUCAAGAAACUCGGUAAAACUCUUGGAGGAGGAUUUACGUUGUCUAAGAGUGAAGCGUGAUGAGAUCAUUAAAAGAAUGAGCAACUCGCGGGAAGGUUUUACUAAAUCAUGCCUUGAUUUCCAGAGGAACAUUGAAAAGGGAGAAAAUGAUGUACUGAGGGAUUUACUGUCUGAAAAAGAGUUUCUUGAAACCGAAUUACAUCUUUUGGGAAAGAAAGACAAUGCCUUGCAGAACUCAAUGUUGGCAUUUAUGGAGGAGAUUCUUGAAGAUCUUCAUGGUUCCAAUUCUGAUUUGCAAGUUGAGCAAGAGAAUCGGAAGAUUGAGAAUGAGAAUUUGCUGAAGGAUAUCGAUGAGUUGAAGGCCACUAUACUGUCAAUUAUUUCGAUCUCAUAAUGAUCAGCGAUAAAAACUUAUCAGUUCUUGUGCAGUUCUUUUCAGCAAGACCAAUUGUUAACUCUGCAGUCUAUAGUCAGUUCCUUUGUUUCUGACCAAGACAUGGAAUUCGUUGUAUUUCUUCUUUUCCUUGUAAGCAGGUUGGAAUUGCAUUUUCCAGUGUGCUAAGGAAGUUGUUCGGAAAAUUUUGUUGUGUAGGCCAAACUUAUGACGCGUGGAGUUAUCCUUUUUAUCAUCUUUCUAUUAAUCCUGAACUUUAACUAAU